GUCUGUUUGCUCAUAUGAAUAAAAGUUGUAUUGGAACGCCGUUCACCCUGACAGUUUUUACUGAGGGAAUAGCCCAUAAUCCCAUAUAGCUUGUGCGGCUACGAGAGAAAAUAUUUUUGUCAGUAAAAGGUCAAGAAAACUUAAGGGUCUUUAUAAUGUCUGCCGACAGUGAAGCAUUUGAAAGAGUAAAAUCUGUCCUUUUGUCAGCUCAUAAAAGCACCACAUCAGAUGAGAAGGUCAGCUUCUACAACUGCUGGGCAGAAAACUAUGAUCGGGAUGUGGCUGUUUUGGAGUACAGUGCACCAAGUGUGGCAGCAAAGUGCAUUGCAACCCAUUUCAGCGGUGUAAGAGAAGCAGCAGUUGUGUUGGAUGUGGCAUGUGGUACAGGACUGGUGGCCAAACAAAUGAAAAAUCUUGGUUUUGGAAAUUUUGUGGGGGUGGAUGGAAGCAAGGCCAUGCUGGACAAGGCGAGAGAGAGUGGGUUGUACCAGGACUUGAAGAGUUGCCUGCUUGGAGAGGAGCCUCUACCCAAACAGUGGGCAGAUAGAUUUGAUGUGGUUGUGAUUGUCGGAGCAUUAAGUGUUGGUCAGGUCCCCUUUGAUGUCAUAAGAGACCUCUGCAAUGUAACCAGACCAGGUGGCUGUAUUUGCAUGACAACAAGAAGUAACCAUCAUAACCUGAAAUACAAAGCUUCCCUGGAGAGAGAGAUGAGGCAGAUGGAGGAAGAAGAGCUCUGGACUUGUGUAGAGAUCACGGAUGUCGACAACUGGGAGAGAGCUGUAUCUGAGCAAGAGGAGGGCUACAUAUCUGGAGCUGUGUACCUCUAUAAAAAACUAGAACAUUAAAGGUAUAGUGGAGGAUUUUCACAAAUUUUUGGAAAGACCAGCCCUCUCCACUUAGAAAAAAAAUGCAUAUGCACAACCCUGGACCCACUCCCAAGAGGGAACGCCUAUUAAACGUGUGCAAGAGCAUGUACGAGCUCAUUUCUCCUUGUAAAAGCUCUGUUUAAAAGUUGCUGUUUGCAUCACUCAUUCAAGCUUACUUUCCAAUUGCAAUUUUUCCACUAUGUCAGACUCACCACAGUGUUAUGCAGAGAAUUACCUGCCUGUCGAGAAUUACCUCCCUUCUCGCAAACUGAUGAGAAAAUGGAUUUAAAUAAGAAUGAAAAGGGAACUUUUAAACAUAUUCUUAAUAUUUUUAUAUUUCUUAUGCAUGGAUGCCCUAGAAUUGUUUUUGGUGGACAGAUAAAUGCCAAGAGAUUCCUGCCUGUCGAGAAUUACCUCCCCUGUUGCAGGAGAGUGCAUCACCCUAAACUCUUACACACUGAUGAGAAAUCAGAUUGAAAUAUACCGUAGAUGAAAAGGGGAACUUUCAAACUUUUCUAAAUGUUUUGCCAGAAAUUAUAUAGAAUGUUGUUGAUAUCUGAAGCAGCAACUGCUAUCACUGAGCACAGAGUAUAUUCAUUGAAUACUGACUGUAGCACAUCUAAUAAAAAUCAUUUUAAUUUGACUUUAUCCAUUCACCAAAACUAAAUAUUAGGGCAUCCGUGCAUGAGAAAAAUUUAAACAUUAAGAAUUAAUUUCAAUCCGUUUUCUCAGAGGGUUAGGUGAGAAUGGGGACGAGCAUGUAGGAUGGCCUUAAGUAAAAAUAUCACCAGAAUAAUUGACAAUUAGGAGGACCACUUAAUUUUAUGAUGCACCCGGAAAACGAACAUCCACUACCAGUGGCGCCCAAAGUACUGUUGAACAGGGGGUGCUGUGACAAUCUGUUUUAUUUUUUGGUUGUUUUUUUUUUUGGGACAAAAGACCUAUGAGCCCAUUGGCCUAUUUAAAAUACAAUCAAAUUAAAUAAGUAAAUAG